AUGUCGCCCAAUCACACUCCCCCUCCCUCUUCCUCAACUCGCGGUCCUUCUUCCAGCCCCUUCGCUGGCACGGACCCCACUCUGUACACGCCAGAAGCUGUCCGAAAGGGCGGUCGCUCGGCAGGUCAGGAGUCCAAGGCCAAUGGCAAGAAGCCAGUUGUCGAGGUUCCCACAAUCCGUCACACUGCCUAUCAUGGCCUGAAUCCACAACCUCAUCAACUGCCCGUCUUCGUGAACGAGAUCGACACUUCGAGCCGUGGCUUCAUAUCUCGUUACGUUCUUGUUCAGCUGAUCCCGGACGGCAACCGCGACAUCGAGGCUGGAACGGACCAUGAGACCGAGCUUGCCAAAGUCCAGGACAAGAUGAAGGAAUACGCUGUGUUCGACAUGUGCGUUCCCAUCUACAGCCGUGGAGUCUAUCUCCGUUUCGACAACCUGCAAGACGCCGGAGCUGGCAAGCUCAUACUUGAGCAGCACUUGUUCCGUUGCUGUUAUGUUGACAACUAUACCUUUGCCAUCGCCAAGUCUCAGGACACUGCCGCCAUCGAUGAGUUCGAGGGCCAGAUCCGUGUUGAAGUCCACGCAGCUCCAGUCGUCGAUGGACUCCAACUUCUAUUCACCUUGAACGACCUCAAGGGGAUGCACGAUGACCUCGAGGCCGCUCUGUCGCGUUUCGGACCUAUUCGCGACUUCGUGCAUACUUCCACCGACCAGGGCAGCAUGGUCUUCGUCUUUCGCUUUGAGUUCUACUCCGUCGAGGUUGCCAACCGCGCUCGGGCGAGCCUCCUUGAACACACGCUGAACCGGAUGGACCAGCACGGCCUUUGGUCAUGGAACGUCUUUCGCGCGGAGAACUGGACCGGCCCGCGUCCUUCUAACUCCCCUCAUCGUCGGUUGCCUCGUAUCGACGACAAGGGCAGGUUCAUGGAGUUUCGCCAUGCUCCCAUCGUCAACGCACCAUCAAUUCCCCCUCGCGACGAGCGUGAACCUGGCUUCGGCCACAAUAAGGUGAACCGGGAGAAGAUCGUGCAGGGCUCCGAUGUUCGAACGACCAUCAUGCUCCGAAACAUCCCCAACAAACUCGACUGGAUGUCGCUUAAGACUCUCCUGGAUCGCGUGUGCUUCGGUACUUACGACUUCAUCUACUUGCGCAUCGACUUCAAGUCCGGUCACAACGUUGGAUACGCGUUCAUAAACUUCGUCGACAUGACCGGCAUGAUCGCCAUGCUUGACAAGGUUGAGCACCGCGGAUGGCCAGGCUACCGCUCAUCCAAGAAUGCCGAGUUGUCAUACGCGACUAUCCAAGGUCGCGAGGCUCUUGUCCAGAAGUUCCGCAACUCCUCGGUUAUGCAGCAGACUCCCUAUUGCCGCCCACGCCUCUUCAUCACCAAGGAAGAAGCUUUCAUCAACCAGAACAUCCGCAAGACAGGUGUCGAACUCAAGUUCCCCGAUCCCGAUAACUGGUCCAAGUUCCAGCGCUCCAUUGACAGUGCUCGUACCGUGGGUCUCUUCCCGCCGACCGGAGUUGUCCACCAGACUGUCGACCGAGCUCACCUGAGUAACUUUGAUCGCGGCACGCCUCGUGACAUGGUCUUCAUGAACAACCAGUAUGGGCCCCCGCCGACAUUCAAGGGCUUCUCGGAGCAUUCCAAGCGCUUGAUCGAGCAGCUGUUCCAUGCUCAGUUCGGACUUGCCCAAUCUGGUCAAGUCGCGUUUGAACAUAUCCCGCUGCGACUCGCCCAGCAGCUCCUGGCCGACAAUGGCUCACCUGCAUUCAUGGGCCGUGCUACCGACCCUGGAGUCAUUGGCCGUCCGACUGCGCCCCAAGCUUAUGUCGCUACUCCCACCAUUCCGAUGUACGCUCCCUAUGCCGGUCCAUCCUACUCAGGCCAUGACCAGUUCAACGGCGUCGGCUACUACCAGAAUGGCGACGAGCUCGGUGACUUCGAGUAG